AUGAGUUCCUAUUGUUCCGCAUGUUGGAUGAAUACGCAACCAUCUUUCAAAGGUGUAUCAUGUUAUUUUUUCUACUAUUGGGUGGGGGAAUUAUUCUUUAAGGGUCGAAGUAGGGGGGACUUGGGGGAAUUCAUAGGAAUAGUUUAUAACACCCUACAUGGUGUACCCAAUGGGAACGAGUGUAAUAUUAAGUACGAAGAUAAUAACAAGCAUCUUUUCGAACACAAGAAAAAGGUAUAUAUUUUCUCCCAUGGUUACGAAACCAUACAGAGACUUGUACAAAACUGUGCGUCCACAGAAGCUAAGGAAUAUUUAAUAUACCUGCAAGGAAUUAGGGCAGCAUGUAGUUCUGCGGGUGCAGGUUGCGAGGGAGGGUAUCAUAGUGAAGGUACUUAUUGUAAUGAUUUUAAUAAGAAAUAUAAAGUGUUCUGUGAUAAGAUCCAAUCAGAAUUGAUACCUCAAUUAACAAGUAAACUCAAACCAAACCCCAAUCCAAACCAAGCCGGAUCAUCGGGCAGCUUCUCGGUUGCCGACGUGAACUGCAAUUUGGAUGAUUUACCUUCAAAAUUAAGGUACAAGGAAUUCAACAAAGGAGCGCAGUGCCCGGCAGAAAGUAUAAUUUUUAAUCAGAAGGAUACGGUAAAGACUUAUUUAAAGAGUGCACUGGGUAACUGUAAGGAAAUGCUGAAUGAUGUUGACAACAUAACGGGAGCUUGGUGUUACAUAUGUAACGGCAUAGAUAAUAAUGAACUGAAAGGUAAUUUGUUUUAUCUCUUUUAUUAUUGGUUGGGAGAUAAAGUAUGGAAAGAAGUGAAAGACGGCAAUAAUUCAUUUAAGGAAAUUAUGGGUGACAUUUACAAUAAGCUGAGAUCGGUGCUCGGUAGUAUUACUUGUGGACUUACAGACGAGAAUAUAGAAGAGGGAACUUUCUAUAAUGCAAGAGCAAUAUAUAAUUAUUCUGUUGACUAUUCAACUAUAACAGAAUGCAUACAAAAAUCUCGGACUUCCGGGUCCACUUGUACUCAGGGAUAUUCCGAAUAUUUGGAAGGAGCUGCCAAAGCUUAUAAUCAAAUGGAACAAUACUGUGAGGAAAGUACAAAUACUAAAAAGGCAUGUUGUACUCAAUUUAAAAAAAUGUUCAAAGAGGACGGUGCCGACAAAAUUCAGGAACCAUCAAAGUUGAAAUUUGAAUUAGAAUCUUUAACAAGAAGUAGAGGGGCUGAAGCAGGAACAAUAUCCCCCCCUGCCAUAACCUCCAACACUGCUCCUAUUGUUUCUUCUGUGUUUGCUGUAAUGGGAUUACCAGCACUGGCUUACUUUCUUUACAAAUAUAAUCUUCUACCCUCCUGGGUCGGUAACUACUUUGCAAAGAACAAUAGCAGCAGAAGAAAAAGAAGAUCCAACAUGCGCGACUUUGAUACGUUCACAGAGAACAGUUCAACAUUCGAUUCAGCAUCAGAAUACACCACCACUGUUUCUACAGCGGAUUCUACAGAUGGAUCAACUAUAUAUAAUCGUAGGGUACCACCAUCUACCACUAGAAGAGAAGCAAAUAAUACGGGAGGCCACCAAAAUAUAGGUUACCAGAAUAUGUAA